AGCGGAUGACGUCAGUGCCGGGUGCUGUGUGCUGAGUGUUACAGUGUGUGGUCGGGGAUCAGGCUGGAUGGAGGCGGCGGGCAGUACACAGGGAUUACCCCGAGCUUUCCUGCACAGCCUGCGGACUCUCUUCGAUAUCCUGGACGAUGAGCGUCGGGGCUACGUGCACAUCCAUGAGAUCGAAACCCGCUGGAGGGGGGCGGAUACCCGGGAACUUCCCCCCGGGGUGCUGCAGUGCCUGAGGAAGGUGGCGCCCCCCAAUGGUUACCUGACCUUCGAUCGCUUUGUGUUGGGGCUCCGGACUUCAAUGUUCAACUCCCAGAACAGAGAGAACUGCCAGAUGGGGGCUCCUCGGCUUCUGGCCAAAGCUCCCAGCAAAGUGGGGUACCCCUGUAAACCUCAGCCUCUGGGGGUGCGCUUCAUCAAUGGCACCAACCCCCGGCGCAGCACCGACAGGGUCCACAUCGACCGCGUCCCCUCCGAACGCAUCCCCACCGACCGCGUCCACAUCGACCGCGUCCCCUCCGAGCGCAUCCCCACCGGGGUCGGUGGACCAGUCUGCCGAGGAGACGUGGAGAGAUCCAGACCAGCAGAAGAGGUGAAGAAUAUGUGUAGAUCCAACAGCGAGGGCAGCAGUCAAGGCUUGAUGGAGCAGUGCCGCCACCAGCGCACCAGAGGGGAGCAUAGGCGGCACACUAUUACCAAUGGAGUGGACUAUGGCGUGCUCAAAAGGAUGAAGGAGCUAGAACAUGAGAAGGAUCUACUUCUUCAAGGUUUGGAGAUGAUGGAGAAGGCUCGGGACUGGUACCUCCAGCAGAUGCAUACUGUGCAAGAGCAGCAAAGGAAUUUGGGAAAGAAGGAAUUCUUCAGUGAUGCCCAACCUGGAGGACCCCCAAAUACUGUGCUGACCAGACUGCAGGAAGUGAACCGGUGCCUGAGUGACCUCCUUUCUCCUUCCAGAACUGGUACCCACUCGUCACCUGUGACCAAUGCCGCCACUGUAUCCGGCCAGCAGCAAACUGUAAAUAUGUUAAAGGAGCAGAAUCAUUUACUGACAAAGGAGGUGUCUGAUAAAAGUGACCGCAUCACCCAGCUGGAGCAGGAAAAAUCCGCUUUAAUCAAGCAGCUUUUUGAAGCACGAGCUCGGAGUAAUCCUGAAACCAGUGCAAUGGACUCCACAUUCAUAUAGACUGCUGGGAGAGUCUUUGAUUGGAGAUGGCAAGGAGUGUGUGGCGCUCCAGAAAAAAGAAUGUGGUGGUGCAUGAUUGUUGUCUACGGUACAGAAAAUGCUUCAUUAACUCACGAGGAAACUGCACAAGAUGACACCAAAUUACCAAUCAUGUUUGACUUUCCCAUCACAAGAAACUUAACACAACCAGUACCUAAUCACAUGGAAAACACUCCUUUUAUGUUUACAGACAUUGUUUUACAUUUUAAUUGCAAUUUUAUUUGAUCACCUUUUUUUGGCAGAUGUUAAGGAAAUGUCGCGUUUAACAUUGGUCCUGCCCUGAUUUUAGCAUGCAGUAAUGUGACCCACCACAAGGUGGCAGAAGAGCACUGUUGUAGCACAUGGUGAUUUUUGAAAUGCACAAUAUUUACAGGAGCCAAUCGGGGCACUGCAGUGCUGCUAUUUGCACAUUUUAACACUCCUGAUUUAAGCCAGUAGAAUGCAGAUUACACAGACCUUCUUUUGGUGUUUAUGAUUUUGCCUGUUUGGAACGUAGUUAAGGCAUCAGAUAUACUAUGUUUUAUUUGGUAUAAUGAAGGUACUCCAAAUGCUGGAAGACAGGGUUAUGUACAAAUCUGGUUGCUUAGGCAGAACAGGAGCAGCCCUUAGUGGAGCUCUCUGGGUUUGAUCCCAUUUUUAAUGCAGGGUUUUGUAUUUUUCCUGCAUUGAGAUGGCAAAAUGACGCAUGCUCUGUGGUCAGUUCUUACAAUUUAAAGUCAAGUGUGGCCCUACCUCCCCAAAAUUCCCUGUUGAACAUUGGAACUGCUUGUCAUGAUAAAGGAUUGUUGGGGGGGGCUCAAAAAAGGGGAUGGGCCAAGCGUGAUUUACAGGAAAAUUGGAGAUUGGCUCAUAACUUCAGCUGCUUGCAAUUCUAGAUACGGAAUUCUUUACUUUGUAUUUUUCCAGCAUAUGCUUAGCUGCUGAUAAUAUUAUUAUUAUAAUGCCCAUUGUCACUGCCUUCUAUUACACAGAACAGGGUUCUUUUACGAUAAAACUUUUAGUGCCUAUCUUCGUUUACCCGUAAUGCAUAUAGAUAUAUAUUUGCUAUGAAUGGUUAUUUGUCUAAGAAUUCUAUUAAUGACAUCUGAUGCUGUCAGAAAAUAAAGAGGCAGCCCAGGCAAGGCUGUUAUUUUAGUUGAG